AUCUUGCUAGCGGUCGCCGAAUCGCGCGCGUCUCCGUGUCAAAUAUCCUAUUAUAAACCACUAAUUACCUUUAAAAACCUUAAAAUAUUAUUCUAAUUUGUGCUUUGAUGACCUAAAUCAGUGUUUUGUGUUGAUAAAAGUGUACAAUUGUGGACAUAAAGUGUAGUGUUGUUGUUUUAUAUGUGUGCAUUCCUGUCCUAGAUCUCAAUGGAACGAAGUGCAAAGGAUUUGUGAAGUGUUUAGUGCAGUUUAGUCGAGUGACAAGUGACUGUGCAGUGAACACAAUGUAUGCAAGUAGUGGACAUUUGGACCCGGAGUUCUGAAUGAAAACUUCGAUUGAAGUCGUGGCAUGGACAAGGAGAAUGGGGAGGCCGGCGACGCGGCCGGCAAGCCUCCGCCAGACGGGCUCCUCGAUGCCGCCAGGCUCUUCGGAGCAUACUGGGGCCGCGAUGGCAGCAACUCCGCGUCCGCAGCGCAGGCGCAAGCCGCGGCCCAGGCGCAGGCGGCGCUGUUCGGCUUCGGCUCGCGCUACCCGCCCCCCACCACCCUCGGCGUUGCCGCCAACCAGGCUGCUUCGCUUGGAUUGCACCCUGCUGCCAGUGCGGCCUGGUGGUCCAUGGCCUCCCACCUAGCUGCUCAAGACUACCUCGCGAGGCUGCAAGCCUCGGGCCUCAAUUUUCCACCAAUGGGGGACCCUUAUUCCGCUCUCUCAGCGUUAUCCGGAGCCGCAAUGAAUGUGCCGCCUAAAAAUAAACAACCGCAGAAGAGUGAGAGAUCCGCAAGAACCAACACCCCGUCGAGUACAGCUUCCAAGGAGAAAAAUCCGUCUACCAGCACCAACUCAAGCCCCAGCAUGAGAUCAUCAUACGGUUUCCCGAAGACAUCAUCGCCGUCCACAAUGCACUCUCACUCCCAAUCGCUGUCCAGUCUGGCGUCCCUUAGCAGCCUCGUUUCUAGCCCGCAUCAAACCAAGAGCAGCAAACAGCAGCAACAACCCUCUUCAAGGAAAUCUUCAUCGUCUUCGUCCGCAAAGGCUGAGCGUGACUUGGCACUCCUGCGAGGUGACCUCAUGCUUGCGCAGGCGGCGGCGCAGGGGGCUUACCAUGCUGCUGUUACUGCUGCGGCGAAGGGGAAGAAUAUGUCCUCUCUUUACCCAUUUGGAGUAGGCGGGAUGUCGGACAAGGACCGGCACGGGAUCGAUACGUUAACAGGCCUGCCACAUACAAUACUAAGUGCUGCUUUGGAAGGAGGUGAUCCGUCUUCAGUGCUGGGUGGUGUAAGACUUCCGCCGGAUACUGAGAUCAUCAAGUACACCUCUUCCCUGGCUGGGCCCAAGGCUCCACCAGGUACAACCAACAGAGGCCGCAAGAAGACAAUAUCACUGGACCCUCCACAGGUGACAGUGCACCCAUCCACUGGUGAUCGGGGUACGCCACUGCCUAGCAAACGACAGAAAGUGGACGAAUAUGGUAAUUCCCGAUCAUCAGUGGAAGUGAUCCGGUUGCCGAACAAACCGGACGGCCGGCCCGGACAGAACUCCAUAGCUGGAACACCGCCGCCAAAUCUUUCCGAUUAUGCAGGCAUAUCGAGAGAGCUGUUACAAACAAUAGCUAGCCAGAGCGGCGUUAGUCUGGCUGCGCUUGAGAGACAGCUAGCUGGCACUUCUGCUUCACAUGAUUCCGGCCUAAAUCUGAGCACGAAAGAAAGCAGCCGUGGUGCAGAAGACACCCCCCUGGACCUCGGUGUGAAGUCAGCUGUGGAUGACGACGCACCCCUUAACUUGUCCCUUAAACCUACGCCAGCGAGCUCGCAAGCUUCUGACGCGUUAUCAAGACUGACUUCCCUCAGCAGUUCUUUAAGUGUCGCCAACGACAGGAUAUCCCGUCGCAAACCAGGUGCGAAACCCCGAAGAGUGGCUCCAGACUUGGGCUCAGCUGGAGAAUCACCUCGACCGAAAUCCAGUGGAAGCGAGGAUAGCGAAACUGUAGGUUGGCCCACGCGAGAAGGCCGACCACGCAACCUGGGCCGCGGCGUAAGCAAGCCCAAGAAAAACACAGUAGCGUCGCUACUCGCGCAGAGUCGAGCGUUGGGACUGCGACCGGCGCUUGCGCAGCAGCUGCUCGGCGAGACUGACUUGGAAAAACUAAAAGCCUUAAUGGGUGAAACGGCAAGCACAGACUCUGAAUGUCCAUCAGACAGUUGCCCCUCGGACUCGGAUGCCAGCGAGUCCGGACGCCGCCCUCACGAAUCGCAGCUGCGUCUUCCUUUAGCACUAGGCUGGAAGCGAACAACAGUAAUCAAAGGCUUAUCUCGCAACUGCAGCAUCAAAGGCGACGUCGCGUACACCCCGCCCGAUCCGCACUCCAGUAUGAAGAUGAAAUCCGCUCAAGAACUACAGGCUUUCCUGGAGAGCAACCCUUGUGGUCCCCUUACAGUGGACAAUUUCAGCUUCAGUUCACGUGUCAUCUUGGGAGAAUACAUUCAGCCCACACCUGAGGAACCUUUGAUUCUUAAUGAAGCCGAAAUCACUAAGAGGUUAGAAGAAGCCCGUGCAUUAGCAGCUAUUACAGGCACAAGACCGACCCCACCCCCAUUAGACCAGCGCAUAGAACUGGCUAGAAGACAACAGGCUGCCAGAGACGCGAGAAGAGAUGCUAGUGCACGGUCCAGAGAUCAGGCUCGUCUAGUCAGAGAAUUAGAGCGAACGGAAAAGGCGGAGCACGCCAAGCGAGAAAAAGAGGCUCGAAGCCAACAGCUUUUAGAGCAUAUCAACAUGAAUAGAACGCAGUUGACCAUCGAGCCCGUGGCACCCAAACUAGAUAAUUGGAAAAUACCAGACAUUAUAAUGGGUCCUGCAACAAAAACUAACAAGGAACGCAUUAUGCCACCUAUAAGCCUAAGUCUUAUACCAGUAAGCGGUCCUGAUGGAAGCCAGAAUUCACCUAUAAAGACUUUAAACUUUGACCAAACAAGUUGGAAGGAAUCUGAAGAAUACAAUGCACUGGACAAAAUGAAGGAUUUCGCAGAAAAAGCAGCCUUUGACCUUCCAAAACGGUCAAAUGACAAAUAUUUCAAUUUCACUUUAAUGAAGUCCGAGAAGAAGAAAGAGAAUAACUUGGAGAAGUUAAUUGAUUCGUAUUCGAGAAUAAGCGAGUUUAUAAACGGCUGUGAUUGGUCGAAAUUGUCGUCCAAUAAGAAGGAGGAUCCUAAAGAAUUGGAACAAAAAUAUUUAAAUGCGAAAAACGAAUUUAUGUCCAAGAAUUUAAAGCUCAUGCCUAAAGAAAGUCCGAAAUCUGUACUGAAAGAGGUAAUCGAUUUAAGUGAGGACGAUGACAAUCUGUUGAAUGAUAUAAUUUCAAAGAAAAUAAACAAAGGAACUUUCAAUGUGGGUAAAGACGGAGCUCUUUCAAUAUCAGUUCAUCCGUUUUCAAAGGAUGUUGCCUCGGCUAAACGAAGGAAACAGGGAGAAAUUGAAAAGCAGAAGAUCGAGGAUCAGGCUAAGAGACAACAGGAAAGAGAACUUAAACGACAGCAAGCUAUUCUACUCAAAGAACAGCAAAAGUACAUAACUGAGGAACGCGAAAGAAGACGUCAGCACACGACCUUCAUUCGGCAGCUGGAUUCAAGAAGAAGAUGGGAAGAGCGAGAGAGAAGAAAACAUCAGAACUUGCUCGAUCGACUUCUGGCUAAGGAGAAGAAACUGCGGUUGAGGAGGAAAGAAAUGGAGCUGGUGUCUGAAUUAAGACGACCCCAGGAAGACUCAACCUUAUCCGACCAGAAGCCUCUACCGUCUCUGAAUAGGAUCCCAGGUUUAAAGCUGCCUGGACAAGCCAUGGCGGACCUUCUGCAAGUCUACGAGUUUAUUCAUAACUUCGGACAAACUUUGGGUUUUGAUGUAGAAUCGAUACCAACCCUGAACUCGUUACAAAUGGCGUUGCUGCCGGACUGUUGCCCAAACGCUGAAGAAGAACUCAUACAAGUCCUCACACAGCUGCUCGUGUGUGCUAUAGAGGACCCAGGCAUUCCUCAUCCAGGCCGCCACACGACACUCCUCGGGCAUGCGAUCCGUAUGGGCGACAUCACACCUGCAAACCUCAGCGAGGUGUUACGAAUAUACCUCUACGCUAACGCGACGGGAGAGGUCAAGGCUCUGACAGGCUUAACGGCUGAGAGGGAAAGAGAAAGAAGAGUAGCAGAUCACCACCAGACUGACGAAGAAAUGAAGCACACACAGGCGAAUACCAAAAACGCGGCAUAUUAUGAACACUUACAUAAAAAUACUACGUAUAAAUUGUCAGAAUCUCUCCGAGACAAACCGUUCCUAGCACUAAGCGCAACAUCAAAAACUAAAAUCCUCACGUUCCUCUGCAACGAGUUGCUACAGAAUAAAUCCGUCUUGCGACAGAUCGACGGGUCACUGGAACACUUGAAUCAGUUGCGAAAGGAACGGUAUCUGAUGGAUUGCAAGAUUAGAAAAGUCCGAGUGCUGCACCAACGCAAGGUUCGCGCCGAGCAAUCGGAGAAGCAGCAAGCGUUGGCGCUGGAAAGAAUGCAGAAACUGGUUGAAGAAAGCACUGCCCAUGAACGCCGAGGCUCGCCGCAAUUGCCUGAAGAAGAACAACAAGAAAAAGACACCCCCAAGAAAGACGAAACUGAAGAAGAAAAGACUACUCCUCCCGCCUCCCCCCACCCGCCUGAAGAAGAGAUAACGCCAAUCAAAGACUUAAAUAUGAAGAGUAAAGAACUAUUAAACAAUAAUAAAGAAGAAUGUUCGCCAGAGAAUAAUUCAAAAGUUGAUAAGGACAGUGUCAUGGGGGAUGACGUAUUAAGUGAUUUGGAAAGCGAGGGGACACAGCCGGAAGAGGAUGAAGACAAAAACCUGUCAUCGGAGGAGCUAGCCAAGAAGUUAGAAAAGUUGUUGCGACAAUCGGAACAACAAUUACAGCAACUAAUUGCUGGACUACACGCCUUAAGAGCCACAUGCUACGGACAAGAUCGAUACUGGCGACGAUACUGGUCUCUGGGCAAAUGUGGUGGUAUCUUCGUAGAAGCCAUGGAGUCUGCACAACCCGAGAUCAUGCAGUACCAGCAAUCAUUAGAGUCAGCUGUUAAAGAAGCCCAUCUGCCCGACACGGGCAAGAAGAAGAAGAAAGGUCGAGAAAAGAAAGAAAAAGAACCUCAAUCAGAACCCAACAAGGAAGAAACAGAAGCUCUCAAGAAAGAAGAAGCUCUUAAAACUGAGAUGGAACUCAAGAGCAUCAAAUCUGAACUCAAUUUGAGCGACCACACGCAGAUUAUCAAAUACGAGCCCAACGUCAAACAUGGCGCUUGUAAAGUAGAAGGUUCAAUAAAAAUGGAAGAAAAGUUCAUUCAGCAAAAACAAAAUAAGGAAGCCGAGGAUAUGCUUGAUAUUGAAGAUUCUAUACCAACGGCUUUUCUAGUACAAAAACCAACGCACACUCCAAUGUACGCAGCUCAAGCCGAACCCGUUGACAAGCCGCAAGAAAUAGUCAAAGUUGAAAAUAAUUUAAAAGAAGAACUUCCAGAAGACAAAGAUCAGUUAGUCAACAAUUUAGAGGAAUUAAGAAAAAUGGCAGAAGCAGUAUCUUCACAAUUAGAAGCUGAAAAGAAAGCUGAAGAAACCAAACUUAAAGAAGAACCUUUAGACUUGAAAGAGGAAACUAUAGAUGUUAAUUGCGCUCACGAACAUCUAUAUAGGAAGAUUAAUGAAGGAAAAUGGUUCUCGAUAUUACGUCACGAAACUUCUUUCUUGAGUAGCAUCAGUGAUGUCGAGAAGAAUAGUGACAAGCCUCCAGAAUUUUGUGAUAACGAACAUACGUGUUCUGAAGUUAUAUUGUGUCAAGGACAUAAAUGGGAUGUGUCAAAUAAUUUACACUUAUUGAAUGAUCCGUCACUUUUUACUUUAAAUAGUAUGGUCACAAGUGUGCAAGUGCCGUCGAACAAUAUUUAUCAUGAUUCGAGUUUGACUAUGUCGGGUUUGGAGCAGGAAAAAAUGGAUGCCAGACUGAAUAAAGAUAGACUGAUGGGACAGGAUAUGGAAGUUGAAGAGGAAAGUAAAGAACAGGAAAACGAUCUCGAAAAGGAACUACAAGAAGAUGCCCAAAAAUACGACCUGUUGACGCAAAAGGCAAAAGCAAAUAGCCUUACAAGUUUAGGCGUUUUGAACUUCAACGCUUUGUCUACCUAUGUAACAUGUGACAGUCCACCGCCCAUACAAAUGAGUCCUGAAGAGCUGGAACAGCUGGAACAUUGUAAAGUGCAUGGACUGCCGAAAAAAAUUGAAGGGAAUUUUGUGCCUAAGGAGCUAAGACAUGGCUGGUGGCGCAUCACAGACUCUGACCAACUGAAAGAGCUGAUGGAUACUUUACAUCCGCGAGGAGUUAGGGAAAGAGAGUUGCAUGCCGCAUUGGUUCAACAUAUACCCAUUAUCAAUAACAAGUUGUACAUCGAUAAAGGCGACAGUCUAGCAUCAGAACUGUCUCUAUCACACCUGGACAGAGUGAUAGCGCAAAAUGGCGGGUAUCCGUGCCCGGACGCGCCAAACUCAUUCUCAAGUGUUACGCAGUGCCGCGUCGAUGUACAGAUAUUACAACAGGUGGAACAACUGGAAGAACGUGUAGCAGCAGCAUCAAUGCAAGUGAAAGGCUGGCGGCCUUCAACCCUUGCCCUUCCUGAAGACGCGACUAGCGCAGAAAUAGUGGCCCGGGCAAGACAUAAGCUAUCAGCGGUAGAGGCGCACAUUGAGAGGCGCUACCUUAAACCGCCUCUGGUGCAAAGGUAUGCUAGCACCACUGAGGCGGCCAUAGGUGCAGCGUUACAAGGAGAACACGGAAAUUCCACGGCGCCGUCACCGCAGAACUCUGAUGUUAGUGAAGGAAAAGAUAGCAAAGGCAUAGCGCGUGGUCUGGCAACGUGGCGGGAGGCGCUCUCUCGCUGCAACACAAGCGCACAACUUGCUAUGUUACUGCAAGCCCUCGAAAGUGCAGUGGCAUGGGAUAAAAGCAUUAUGAAAGCGAACUGCCAGUUCUGCCUGUCUGGUGACAACGAAGACCAGUUGCUGCUAUGUGACGGGUGUGACAAGGGCUAUCACACUUACUGCUUCAAGCCAAGGAUGGACAAGAUACCUGAGGGCGAUUGUCGAUUAAAAAAAGGUGGGACAUGUUAUUUAAUGUGCAGUCCCGCGCCGUCUCACGCGUCUACGUCAACGACCGCGGAAGAGUGCCCGGCCAGCGCCCUGGCCACGCCCGAGAAGGAGCCCGACAAGGUCGACGAGCCAAUCGCAGAGCCCGAAAACGGACUCAAUCACCAUCCAGCACCACCAGAUUUCUCAGAAGAAGGUCCCCCGCCUGAGAAGAAACGUGCUCUGCAGUACGUCGGUGGCAACGGCGCUGUACAGAGAGACGAUGGCGAACAAAUGGACGAUCCCGAAAACGUUCUGGAGAACCUCCCGCUGGUGUCUCGCGCGAAGAAGGAGAAGAUGAGUGCCAAAAAGCUAGUCAAAGAUAUGCAGUUCUGCAAAAACCUCCUGUGCGAGAUGGAGUGCCACGAGCACGCAUGGCCGUUCCUCAUACCAGUAAACACAAAACAGUUUCCGCAGUACAAGAAGGUCAUCAAAACCCCCAUGGAUCUAUCCACUAUAAAGAGGAAACUCCAGGAUAACAGCUACAAAUGCAAAGAAGAGUUCGCGAACGACGUCCGUCUGAUAUUCAGCAACUGCGAAGUUUUCAACGAGGACGACAGUCCAGUUGGCCGAGCCGGACACAAUAUGAGACAAUUCUUCGAAGAACGGUGGACUCAUUCCUGACCAAGCUCAUCUAGCACUCUUCCCGGAUUUCCCGGACUCAGACCCGGAGUUCCCGGAUUCAGACCCGGAUUUCCCGCAGUCAGAUCAGGAUUUCCCAGAUACGGACCCGGAUUUUCCGGAUCCGGAAUCACGGGAUCCGGGUUUGCCGGAUCUGGAUUUUUCGGAUUCGACGACGGAUUAAGAUUUGAUGAGGAUAUUGAUAUUUAACUACGGUAUGGCUAGUGAGCACAACGGUUCAUCGUUAACAACAGUUAAAAGAAAGCCACUACAUUAAUCUUCCGAUUAUGUUUCAGUAACUUAGCUACACCUAGACAGUUCUGUAGACCCGGAUAUAACCUCAAACGGUUCUUUGAACAUUUUACCGGAUUUUCUACCGAAUUUCCUGGAGCUGAAUUCGAAUAUUCUAGACUCUCCAUCUGGAUUUAUCAAGUUUCUAAUGACUAGAUACAUUGUACAACUUUCGAAUAACAUCCAUUUUAAUGCAAUAUAUGUCGCAAGUGUUUUUGUUGCAUGAAAGUCCUAAAAACAAGAAAUUUUAUUACUCUCCCGCUUAAGCUUAAAAAGUUGUCAACUGAAUUCGUUCGUACAUUCGCUAAAGGUCUCUCCGAAAAAAAUUUUUGAGAUGUGACCUUAUUACACCAAGGAUGCGAAUUUUCAAAAUGGCGCCAUCAAAGCGAGCUCCAUGAUUUCCAAAAGAAAUAAUUUCGCCCACCACCGCUUGUGCUAACUAGUCUUGUUAAUUGCAAUGUUUAAAAAAGAUGCGGUGUAAUAAAAAUAUUAAGUUUAUAUGACAAGAGACGGAUAUGAAAUUAGUUUAAGUGUUGCUGUUAAUAAAAUAACGUCUGUGAAAGCAAGUAUUCCAAAUUUGAACGGAAUAACUGUAACUUAUUUAUUAUACCACCGGAAGU